AGCUCGUCCGGUAGGCCGUCGCCCGUUCUUCAGGGGAGUGAGGAAACACUAACAGGCCACCGGUCCGGACCAGGUUCCUGAUGAAAUGCGCCAAUGAGACGGUGACGAUCGAGUUGAAGAAUGGUGAGUCGUUGCGUGGACUUGUCCUCUUCCUCCGUGGCUGGGUGUAGUAGACUGCGCAGACACGAUUCCCCACCCCAAACCCAAGCUCAACCCUUCCCCAAAACAACCCCCGAACCCCCAACGCUAAUGCUAUGCAAUGUGGUGUAGGCACCAUCCUCCACGGCACCAUCACCUCCGUCUCCCCGCAGAUGAACACCAGCCUGCGCACCGUCAAGAUGACCCCCAAGGGUCGCGACCCCAUCGGCCUCGACACCAUCAACAUCCGGGGCUCCACCAUCCGCUACUACAUCCUGCCCGACAGUCUGCCGCUCGACACGCUGCUGAUCGACGACACGCCCAAGCCCAAGAACAAGGCGCGCAAGGAGGCGGAUCGGGGGGGACGGGGCGGGCGCGGCGGGCCCCGCGGACGGGGUCGCGGGCGUGGUCGGGGACGGGGACGGGGUUUCUAAACUUCUCUCAGCUUUUCUUCUUCGGGGGCUUUGUGGGCUUAGGAAGGGUUGCCUCGUUUCUGUGGUGGUAUGUGAACUGAGCUGGCUACGGUGGUAUGGUUCUGAGUAAGGGAUUGCGCCAUGGUGGUGGUGAGGAUACCCUCCGUGGUACUAUGGGUUGGGGUGGGGAUUGCUCGUGCUGUGGGAUAGGCCGGGCUGAUUUAGAGGUUUAUCUGUUUGCUACUUUUUUUUUUCCUUUUUCUUUUUGCAGUGUGAAAGUCAUCGUCAUCGUCAUGGGAAUAUGGAGUUCGUUUUUCGAUCUAUCUCAUUUCUUGCUUGUCCGUGUCUGUGUCUUCAUCGGUUGAUUC